CCUGGCGCAGCCGUCCGGGCCGCGGUCCCAGGUCCCGGCCCGGCGCCAUGGAGCGGCGCUGGCCCCUGGGGCUCGGGCUGCUGCUGCUGCUGCUGCCGCUGCUGCCGCCGCCCCCGGGAGCGCGCGCCAAGGAAGUCACUCUGAUGGACACAAGCACUGCACAAGGAGAGUUGGGCUGGCUGCCGGACCCCCCGGAGGAUGGGUGGAGUGAGGUGCAGCAGAUGCUGAAUGGGACGCCCCUGUACAUGUACCAGGACUGUCCAAUGCAGGAAGGUGGAGACACUGACCACUGGCUCCGCUCCAACUGGAUCUACCGGGGAGAGGAGGCUUCACGUGUCCACGUGGAGCUGCAGUUCACCGUGCGAGACUGUAAGAGUUUCCCCGGAGGAGCUGGACCUCUGGGCUGCAAGGAGACCUUCAACCUUCUGUACAUGGAGAGUGACCAGGACGUGGGCAUCCAGCUCCGACGGCCCUUGUUCCAAAAGGUAACCACAGUGGCUGCAGACCAGAGCUUCACCAUUCGAGACCUUGCAUCUGGCUCCGUGAAGCUGAAUGUGGAGCGUUGCUCCCUGGGCCACUUGACACGCCGUGGCCUCUACCUUGCCUUCCACAACCCAGGUGCCUGUGUGGCCCUGGUGUCUGUACGUGUGUUCUACCAGCGCUGUCCUGAGGCCGUGCACAGCUUGGCCCAAUUCCCUGACACUCUCCCAGGACCCGUCGGGUUGGUGGAAGUGGCGGGGACCUGCUUGCCCCAUGCACAGUCCAGCGCGGGGCCCUCAGGUGCACCUCGCAUGCACUGCAGCCCGGAUGGCGAGUGGUUGGUGCCCGUGGGCCAGUGCCACUGCGAGCCUGGCUAUGAGGAAGGUGACGGAGGCACGGCAUGCAUUGCCUGCCCUAGUGACUCCUACCGGACCGACGUGAGCACACCCCGUUGUCUCAAGUGCCCCCAGCACAGCACAGCCACCUCUGAGGGAGCCACCAUCUGUACCUGUGACAGUGGCCACUACAGAGCCCCCGGAGAGGGCCCCCAGGAGGCAUGCUCACGUCCACCCUCGGCCCCCCAAAACCUGAGCUUCUCUGCAUCGGGGACUCAGCUCUCCCUGCGCUGGGAGCCUCCUGCAGAUAUGGGGGGACGCCAGGAUGUCAGAUACAGCGUAGGGUGCUCCCAGUGCCAGGGCUCAGCCCAGGACGGGGGGCCCUGCCAGCCCUGUGGGGCCAGUGUGCACUUCUCCCCAGGGAACAGGGAGCUCACAGUGCCCAGUGUGCGCGUUGAUGGCCUUGAACCCUACACCAACUACACCUUCAACGUGGAAGCACAGAAUGGUGUGUCGGGGCUGGGGAGCUCCAGUCACGCCAGUGCCUCCCUGAGCAUCAGCAUGGGGCAUGCAGAGUCACUCUCAGGCCUGUCUCUGAGACUGGUGAAGAAAGAACCCAGGCAGCUGGAGCUGACCUGGGCAGGGUCCCGGCCUCGCAGUCCCGGAGGAAACCUGACCUAUGAGCUGCAUGUGCUGAACCAGGACGAAGAACGGCACCAGAUGGUUCUUGAACCCAGGGUCUUGCUGACAGAACUGCAGCCAGACACCACAUAUAUCGUCAGAGUCCGGAUGUUGACGCCGCUGGGCCCUGGCCCCUUCUCACCUGACCAUGAAUUUCGGACCAGCCCUCCAGUUUCCAGGGGUCUGACCGGAGGAGAGAUCGUGGCCAUCAUCUUCGGGCUGCUGCUUGGCAUGGCUCUGCUGCUGGGGACUCUCGUGUUCCGUUCAAGGAGGGGGCAGCGGCAACGGCAGCAGAGGCCACGCGACCACGUCACAGAUGUGGACCGAGAGGACAAGCUGUGGCUGAAGCCCUACGUGGACCUCCAGGCCUAUGAGGACCCUGCGCAGGGAGCCCUGGACUUCACCCAAGAGCUGGACCCAGCCUGGCUGGUUGUGGACACUGUCAUAGGGGAAGGAGAGUUUGGGGAAGUGUACAGAGGGACCCUGAGGGUCCCCAGCCAGGACUGCAAGACAGUGGCCAUUAAGACCCUGAAAGACACCUCUCCCGAUGGCCAGUGGUGGAACUUCCUUCGAGAAGCGACUAUCAUGGGCCAGUUCAACCACCCUCACAUCCUGCAUCUAGAAGGCGUUGUCACAAAGAGAAAGCCCAUCAUGAUCAUCACGGAGUUUAUGGAGCACGGAGCCCUGGAUGCCUUCCUGAGGGAGCGGGAAGGCCAGCUGGUCCCUGGGCAGCUGGUGGCCAUGCUGCUGGGCAUAGCGUCCGGCAUGAACUACCUCAGUGACCACAGUUAUGUCCACCGGGACCUGGCUGCCAGGAACAUCUUGGUGAGUCAGAACCUGUGCUGCAAGGUGUCUGACUUUGGCCUGACCCGUCUUCUGGACAACUUUGAUGGCACCUACGAAACCCAGGGAGGAAAGAUCCCCAUCCGCUGGACAGCCCCUGAAGCCAUUGCCCACCGAAUCUUCACCACAGCCAGUGACGUGUGGAGCUUUGGGAUUGUGAUGUGGGAGGUGCUGAGCUUUGGGGACAAGCCCUACGGGGAGAUGAGCAAUCAGGAGGUGAUGAAGAGCAUCGAGGAUGGGUACCGACUGCCGCCUCCCGUGGACUGCCCUGCUCCUCUGUAUGAACUCAUGAAGAACUGCUGGGCAUAUGACAGCGCUCGCCGGCCCCACUUCCACCAGCUGCAGGCGCACCUGGAGCAGUUGCUUGCCAACCCCCACUCCUUGAGGACCAUUGCCAACUUUGACCCCAGGGUCACUCUCCGCCUGCCCAGCCUGAGCGGCUCAGAUGGCAUCCCUUACAGAAGCGUGUCUGAGUGGCUCGAGUCGAUCCGCAUGAAACGCUACAUCCUGCACUUCCGCUCAGCCGGGCUGGACACCAUGGAAUGUGUGCUGGAGCUGACCGCUGAGGACCUGACGCAGAUGGGAAUCACUCUGCCGGGGCACCAGAAGCGCAUUCUUUGCAGUAUUCAGGGAUUCAAGGACUGAGAGCUGCAGGGGGGACACCUGGAGAAACCCCCCACCCUCUCCUCAGCGAGGAAGGACAGGGCCAAGGUCACUCACCAGCCCCUUCCCUCAACCUACUCACGUAGGCGAUCGGUGCUGCUCCUACCCAGUCUUCCAGAGGCAGCAGCCUCUGGGCCUUGGGAGCCUUUGUUUUUAAAAGGGAGGUAGAGGUAGAAGUAUAAAAGUGAUGUGGGCAGGUGCUGGGGGAGGGUUUAAUAUAUAUACACAUACAUAUACAUAUAUAUUUUUGUAAAUAAACAGAAACUGAGUUUUCACUUUA